UAGGAACAUACAAAUAAUCGUUCAAUGAGUGUCGCUCCUGAAGCAAUUCACGAGCUCAAUCGAUCGGCAGACAUUGCAAUAGGCGCGCGCUCUUGAAGUUGGUAAACACUUCGAUUUGACGAUAUGGGAACCAAAAACAAAAGGGGGCAGAAAAAAGAGGAACCACCGCCUCCACCUCAGGUUUCAUAUUUUCAAAUCUUUCGGCACGCAACAUGUCUCGAGCUGAUGGCGACGUUGCUCGGCGUGCUAUUCGGUUUGCUGAGCGGUUGCGGUGUGUGUUUCAACCUGGUGCAGAUCGGAGAGCUCAGCACGGCUUUCGUCGAGAGGACCAAGUUUCAAGACCGGCUAUCCAGCUAUUUGCCGCUGACUGUCGCUUUCGGCGGCGGAAGAAGAUUAGUGAACGCGACCCACGCUGAGAAUAUGGAAGCUCUGAUAGAAGACGCUAAGGCGAUGGCCAUAGGAAUGUUCAUAAGUAUAGCAGUUUCGAUCAUCUUUUGUAUGUUAUCUGUGGGACUCAUCAGUUGGAGUGCUUUGAGACAGAUAACGAGGAUCAGAACUUUGUUCCUGAAGGCUGUACUUCGUCAGGACAUGUCUUGGUUCGAUACGGACACAGAGUUCAAUUUAGCAGCAAAAAUGUCUGAAAACUUAAUGAACUUGAAGGAGGGCAUGGGCGAUAAACUGGCCGUAGUGUCCAACUUAGUGGGCACGUCAAUCAUCUGUCUCAGCACAGCGUUCCCUCUGGGCUGGGAGCUGACCCUCGCCUGUGCCGCGGUCAUACCAUUCUCUGUUACUGCUUCGGUUAUAUUGUCCAACUACCAGGCCAAAUCUUCUGUGAGGGAGAUGGAGUCGUACAGUCAGGCUGGGAAGCAGGCUGAAGAAGUACUUAAGGGAGUCAGGACAGUCGUCGCCUUCGGAGGGGAAAACAAAGAAGUAGAAAGAUACAAGCGUUUACUGGAACCAGCUGAGCGUUAUGGUCGUCGGCGCGGGUUCUUCACCGGGCUUGGGAACGGUUUUAACUGGGUUCUUACCUACUGUCUGAAUUGCAUCGGUUUGACGUACGGCACUAGGCUGGUACUGGCCGAUUUCGACAAAGAAGCCGAUGAUAGAAAGUAUUCUGUGGGAGCACUGUACAGUAUUCUAUUUGCCCUAUACAUGGCCACGCAGUCCAUAACAUUCUGUGUGCCCCACAUCGAAGUGUUUGCUGCAGCGCGUGGUGCAGCCAGCAGUAUAUUCCACCUGCUCGACAGAGAGCCAAAGAUAGACAGUCUCGACCAGAACGGCCUGUCUCCACGAAGGGUCAUCGGGGAAAUUGUCUUAGAAGAUGUCCAUUUCUGCUACCCCUCUAGGCCUGAAGUUAAGGUCCUUAAAGGAUUUUCUCUCCAUAUCCGUCCUGGAGAAAGUGUGGCCCUGGUCGGCUCGUCUGGUUGUGGAAAGAGUACUAUAUUGCAACUGCUGCAGAGACUGUAUGACCCUUACUCUGGUUCAGUGAAGCUCGACGGUAAAGACUUAAAGAGCCUCAACAUUGGCUGGUUGAGGUCGUCUCUAGGUGUUGUGGGCCAAGAGCCGGUGCUCUUCCGCGGCACCAUCCACGACAACAUCUCCAUCGGCUGCCCUGAAGCCACCAGGGAAGAAGUACAGAGAGUCGCUGAAAUGGCGUAUGCUCAUGAUUUCAUCAUAAAUCUGGCUAAUGGUUAUGAGACUAUGAUAGGCGAGCGUGGGGCAACUCUAUCUGGCGGUCAGAAGCAACGUAUAGCAAUUGCUCGCUCGUUGCUGCGAGAACCUGCCGUGUUGCUGUUGGAUGAAGCGACGUCUGCUCUGGACACGCAGUCAGAGAGGCAGGUCCAGGCCGCCCUUGAUAGAGCCAGCGUCGGUAGAACCACCAUUCUGGUCUCACAUAGACUCUCUACAGUAAAAAAUGUAGAUCGAAUCAUUUGCAUGGAUCAGGGAGCUAUUGUAGAAGAAGGCACCCAUGACGAAUUAAUGAAGACGCAAGGUUUCUACUAUAAAUUAGUGACGACAGGCGACGAAGUGAAAGAACCUCAAGAUGUAGAGCCCGUGGUAGAUGAGAGCACCGCCGAUGACGCCAUCGAACUGCUCUCGGGGCCCAGGGUCGACGUCAAGAGGCGGUCUAACAGGAGGAUCUACAGGCAUCACUCCCUGAAAAAAGACACUCAUGAUUGGAUGACACCGCGCGGCUCGAUAUCCUCUGUUAUGUCGACUGGUCUUCAGAACUUCGUGUUCAACUCUGACUAUGAAUCCGAAGAAGAAGCUGAUGAAGAGGAAGUAAAAUCUGUGAGCGACUGGCAACUGAUGAAAUUAAACGCUCCAGAAUGGCCUUACAUUACGGUGGGAACGGUGGCUGCCAUCCUCCAGGGAGCUUGCUUCCCAGUCUUCGCGUUACUCUUCGGAUUAUCCACUGGGAUAUUCGUACUCGACGAUCGAAACCAAGUGCUGUAUCUAGCAGACCUAUACUCUGGGAUGUUUGUAGUCGUAGCAGCCAUAGCUGGAGUUUCCAUGUGUCUGCAAAGCUCAACCUUCACUACCGCUGGCUUGAAGAUGACCACGCGGCUUCGAUACCAGUAUUUUGCUUCUAUACUUAAACAGGAAAUGGGGUACUUUGACAAAGAGUCGAACACCAUCGGAGCUAUAUGCGCACGCCUGAGCAGCGACACGGCCGAAGUACAGGGCGCCACAGGAUUGCGAAUCGGACUCAUUUUGCAAGGCUUUAGCUCAGUGUUCGUAGGAUUCAUUAUGGCUAUCAGCUACAACUGGAAACUCACGCUGGUUGCUGCGGUGUUCAUGCCUCUGAUGGUGGGCAGCAUCUGGUUGGAAGGUAUCAUCUCGCAGAAGUCUCAAGUGGAUGAGCGCAACGCCAUGGAGUCAGCAACGGCUAUCGCAAGCGAAGCGGUCAUCAGCAUAAGAACUGUUCAGAGUCUAGGCAUCGAGAACCUGUUCCUGAAGAAGUUCCAGGACGCGCUGGUGGUAGCCUCGGCCGCCGUCGCCAAGAAGACCCGAUGGCGCGGCCUGAUCUUCGGGCUCGGAGUGUACGUGCCAUUUAUGGCGUAUUGUAGUGCUACCGUGUAUGGAGCAGUGCUCGUGGCUUAUGGAGAGAUCGAGUACAAAAUUGUGAUGCUCGUGAACGAGGCAGUUAUGUACGGCGCGUACAUGCUGGGCCAGUCGUUGGUGUACGCGCCGAGCUUCAACUCGGCCAAGGCGUGCGGCGCGAGGAUCUUGGCUCUCAUACAAAGACAACCCAAGAUACGCACCGAGGACGGUAUCAGGGACAAAAAGGAUUGGGUGGCAUCAGGAAGCUUUAACAUCCGUGACGUAGAGUUCUGCUACCCUACACGGCCGCAUCAACGCGUGCUGAAAGGGAUAGACCUGAAGGUGGAAGCCGGCAAGACUGUCGCGCUUGUCGGCUCGUCGGGCUGUGGCAAGUCCACCAUAUUGCAGCUGCUGCAGAGGUUCUAUGAUCCUGAAGCCGGUUACAUAGAGUUGGACGGUCGCGACAUCCGAUCUGGUAUCACCUUACCUCGGCUCAGGAGACAGCUGGGCGUGGUGCAGCAGGAGCCGGUGCUCUUCGACCGCUCCCUCGCCGAGAACAUCGCGUACGGCGACAACAACCGCAAGGUGACCAUGCACGAGAUCGUCGCCGCCGCCAAGGCCGCCAACAUACACAGCUUCAUCGUCUCGCUGCCAAAGGGCUACGACACGAAUUUGGGCUCGAGCGGUGCCCAGCUCUCGGGCGGACAGAAGCAGCGCGUGUGCAUCGCCCGGGCGCUUAUCAGGUCGCCGCGGUUGCUGCUUCUCGACGAGGCCACCUCCGCACUCGACGCCAACAGUGAACGGGCCGUGUCGGAAGCCCUGGAGAAGGCAGCGAAAGGCCGCACCUGCAUCACCAUCGCUCACCGUCUGUCGACCAUCAAGGAUGCCGACCUCAUUUGCGUUUUAGAUAAAGGUAAGAUUGUUGAACGAGGCAACCAUGCUGAGCUAAUUAGCCAAAAGGGUUUAUAUUGGCGCAUGUGCAGAGGGCAGAAUAUUACUUAGACGUCUAUUAUAGGGGCAUAAUGUAGAGCUUAGCAUAUACUUUAAAUCUUAGUUAGUAUCAUGUAGGAAUGUAUACUUUUUUCAAUAAAUAUACGCAUAUAGUGCUUCU